AUGUCUUUCGAACGAAAAAAUGCUUUAAAAAGGAAAAGCGCGCCGCAGGAAGUUUUUUUCUGCAAAAGGGGCGCAACUUGUUCCUCAUUUCAAUUGGCGUGUUCAUCCGACAAAACGAAAAAUUGCUUCUAAACGCAAAAAGAUUUCUUCAAAACAAAAAUUGGUACUGUUUGAGAGCAACUUUGGCGCGCCGAUGAACACGUUUUUUCGUUUUGAAGCAUGCACCAUUUCUCCGAUAAACACGCCAAAUUAAAUUUUACUUUAAAAAAAUUUAAAAACAAAAAUUUCCCCCAAGAAAUGACUUUUCCAGGCUCAGCAAACCGAAUGAAGAUUUAAGAAAAAAACAAUGGGGAUCGUCCCACUUACGCUAGAGCUCGUGUUGGUUUUUUUCUCUGACUCUGUUUCUAAUCAAUAAGGUUUGUUCUGUUCAUUUUCGGAGCUGAAGCUUCUUGUUAAAAAAAGGGAUAUUAUGAGAACGUAAGUUAUUUUUCUCCUUUUUUUCUGACUCCAAAAAAAUGUAAAAUUUUCUUCUUAUCAUGCGUUUAAGAAACAUUCAAAACUAAUCUUCCUUAGUAAAUGUUCAUGUUUUUUUCAAAAUCGGAUUUUUUAGUACUCAAAUCCGAAAAAGCAGAACUUCAUCGUCACUAUUUCGACCUUUCUCGGCUGGUUUUUUUCGUUCAUAAUCAUUUUUGUGCUUCCACGCGAUGUUUCUAUUGUAAGUCAACAGGUAAAAGUCUUUUACGGGUUUUUCGAACUGCAGACUUUUUACGAAAAAUGCGAGAUAGAACGAGAGCGAACCUUCAACGCGUCAGGAACGGUGUUGGUUUGCGAGCUUCCUGGCGGAUACGUCAAGGACAACGUUCUGUUGAAUCUUUGGCGUGUCGUUUACUGGACGGCUCAGCUCCUGACUUGGUUUUUUGAAGUUUCUUUCUGGCUUACUCCAAGUUCUAUACACUUAAGGAUAGUAUUGCCUCUUCUUCAAAGUUAUGCAACAGCCGGGGAUUUUACAAAAAUCGGCAAAAUUAAAGCUGCAGUGUACAACAACGCCCUCUAUUACGGGGUCUAUGCUGUUUUCUUCGUUUCACUAGUGAUUUACGCCCUUCUGAAAGGUGUCGCAAUCAACGCGUCAGUUUUUCCUAAUAGCGAAAGUUGAGAACGUAGAGAAUUUCAGUGAACACAUGAAAGUGAUAUUGGUUUCGGCUUCCAAUACAUGGGGUUUGUUCCUGCUGGUUGUUCUGCUCGGCUACGGCCUUGUAGAGCUGCCGAGGUCGCUCUGGUAUACCGGAAGACGGAGUUGGUCUCUUUCUUGUCUCCCAUUCAUUUCUUUCUAUUCACAGCUUUUCGUCUGAACAAGGUUUAUUUCGACAUAGAAAAGUUGUCUUCUGACAAGAGUGAAGCCGAAGAAAAUUUCAAAGAUGUUUAUAGGUUAGAGAUGACAGUCAUUUUAUUUUUCUGUACAAAUCGAGUUCUUCAGAAAAGCUCGUGCAGUUUUGAAUUCUCUGAAAAGUGAACACGAGCAUCUGGAGAAAGCGCAGAAAAUAUUGUCGACUUUCCCUGAUAAUGUGGGUUCUGAAAGCCUUCAUUCGGUUGAGUUUCUCCAUUCAGGUUGUUUUCGAGUUAUUUCCUGCUCGUAACGCGACCGAGUUUAUCUCGAGUAAUGUUGAAGUCAAAGUCGUGGGAUCCGAGAGCUAUUUGGUGUGAAUUCCGAAGAAGAUUUAUCUACAUUUUGAUCCAUUCCUUCAGAUUCGUUUGCACAAGAAGGCGAUUCAGGCCACACAAGCACAUCAGAGGACGAUCGCCCAGUGGAGGUAUCAGUUGGUCUGAAGAACGAGAAUAUGAGGCUUUUAGCGUUUCUAGAAUACGCCGAUAACAUAGAAAUCUGAUGUGUUGAGCUCAGUGGAGUUAUCUUUUUUCGUUGCUAUAGUCUGUUUAGACUUGACUAUAGGAAAACAUCAUAUUCAAGGGUAUGCAUAGAGAAACUUUCUGGCUCAUUAGAAGAGCAUCCAAGAUAUUUUUAUCUUCUUUUUUUUUCACAACACUGUUCUCGUUUUCAACUAUCCCUGUUGAUCUAUGAAUUUCAUAAAAGUUAUCAAUAAGCAAAUGUUUGAUUCAUGACUUUAAAUUUUUCGAAGGGUGUACAAAAAAUGUAAAAAAAAGACCGAAACUAUUUUUUUUUUGAACGUCUGAAACGAUCAAUGAAGUAUUGACAUUUUGAAAGAUGAUUUCAGGAACCUCAUCGACCACGCGCUGUUUCUUGAAAAUGUUCUGAAAGCCGAGACGACGGGGACUUCUUUGCAUUUGAACAGCAAUUGCUUGAUUCCGACGUCGCUGCGGCGUCUUUGGUUUGUCGUCCUUCAGAGACCCGUUUCUAAGGUUUGUCGAGUUUUUCCAGAAAAUCUGCCUUCCUGUAUAGGAAAAGAACACAAAAAAUUGCUCCAAAAUGAUAUCUACAACAACUUUUCGGCUAUUCCAUGAUUCAGAAAAAUACCUUCUCGGAAGACUGAACGAAUGUGUAAAUGUAUAAAUAUGUAAUACGUAUGAAGAAAAAUCAUAAAUUUUUUUCUGGAGCGCACUUUUUUUGUUUUUUUAUAGUUGCGAGAAAUCGACAAAAAGAAAUCAGUUUUAACGCGUUUAGCACAUGGCUUUUUUUCUUUGUAAUCCUUCGGAAUUAUCAAAAAAAUUGGUGUGAGAUGGAAGAAAAAAAUUUAGGAAGCAUCUAAAAAUAUUCUAAAAAGAAUUUAUUGAUAAUUUGAACAUAUUUUUGCUAAAUAGAAAAGUUUUUGUCUUGUUUUUCAUUCGAAGCCUAUGAAAAAAAGAAAAACCUAGCAGCUGAUUAGUUCUGUUAUGUUAUGAUAAUUAAACAACAGCUCCUGGCCUUCAAUUCCGAUACUUUGUAAAUUGAAGGUGUGCGGGGUUCUGCUGGCCGGAAUGACUUUUUUCAUCCUUUUGUCCGAAUGCACCUUCUUCCUAGUGUCUCCGACACUCUCACCGGCGGCCCUCCUCACAGAUUAUGCUGCUCAAAGAUUCCACUACAAAUACACCCAGGUUUCAUCUCAGCGAUUCCCUCGAAUCCUUCCAGUCUUCAGAUCGUGGCGAUGGCCAUUAUCUUUUACCUCUGUGCGUGCGCCUAUUUCACCAUUUUCCGUCUGAAAAUCUACAGAUACUACCAUCUCGAUCCACAUCGAAACACUGACGCCAACAGUCUCCUCUUCAGUGCCAUGUUACCAAAUAAUAAGAUGCCUUUUAUCUGGAUUUUUCAGACUUUUGUGUCGGUUGACGCCGCCGAUUUGCCUCAACUUUCUGGGAAUGAUUCACUUGGAUUCGCAUAUCUCGUUAGCCAAGGAUUUCGGCGUAGAGACGCAGUUCACCAAGGUUCUGAACAUGUCGAUUCUUUGUACAGUCCUUUUCACAGCUGAUGGGACAUCUCGACGUUCUUCCUAUCCUUGCCAAGGGGAUCAACAUUUAUCUGCCCAUCUGUAUUCUCUUCUUCUGCGCUAUCAACUACUACAGGUUUCUAUUGUUUAUCUGGAACUUGAGAUUAUUCACUUCAUAUUUGUUGAUAAUGAAUAUGUUAGACCAGUCGUCUAGCGCAACUUGGCAUGCGCUGCGCAGCUCUAUUUUUUUUCCUUUUUUUUUCAGUUUUUUCUCGCUGAAGAAAGUCAAGAAAGUCAAAAAGGUCGUUUGAAAGGUGAAUGAAUUUGUAGACUGAGUACCUAUGUACUGCACAGUCUGGGAUUCGACCAAUUCGUGGAGGAAGACGAUCUCACCAAAGAUAUGAUCAACGCCGGACGAUCUCUCGUUCAGAUCGAAAGAAACGCUCUGCAGAGGAAGACCGAAAGGUCCCUUCGAAACGAAUCUUGGGCGAAGAACAGCACUGGUCAGCUCUUUUCUCUUUUUUUUCGCUUUCUGAAAGUUUCAUCAUAUUUUCAAUCGAAAAUUAUUUCUUCUCAUAAAAGGUUUUUUGGUGGAAUAGUGCCAGAUUUAUAAUCGGAGAUAUUUUGGCAGAAACAAAGUCUUGAUUCGAAAAUAUAAGUUUCAACGACAUAUAACUCUUCUCUUUUGCCUAUUGAUUCAAUCUCUUGGUUUUCUUAGAUUAUGCCAUAUUUUUCAAAGAAAGAAGCGAACAACAAAGGAAAAAAUUUCAAGGAGAUAACUCGCAAAAGACAAAUUUAUCUCAAAUAAAGAAUUAUAAGUGUUUUAACUGAAGAUAUAUCAUCAUCUUUAUGUUAAAGGAAAGAAGGGCGGCUCAAGGAACAAGAAUUUGGCGGAAGACGAACGGCCGAUGAUCAACGGCGGCGACGAGGGCGACGACGAGUGGAGCGGCGAAUGGACGACGUCUUCUCUCCAGCCAGGAAUCGCCUCUUCGGAAGCCUCUCACCCCGUGGGCCCCACACAAAAAAGCCAAGAACAUCCCUCUUCUGUCAAUUUUUUCGAUGAUAUGUAG